AUGAUUGGGCUCAAUAAAUCGGGUCCAAACCCGGAACAAGAGGCAAGAAUGGAGUUCUUGAGAUCUGUAUCGGCACAGAAUGCUAUUCAGCUGCCUUCGCCAUUUAAGAAAGCAAACUAUAAGAAGCCAGGGAGGAGGUACAAGUCGUCAAAGCAAUUGACUUCUGAAGAAUUGAAAAGAUUAAACAAUGUUGAGGGAAACCCUCCCCAUAAAGUUACAUAUUUUAAUGUAUCUGCUCCACCGUCAUUAAAACCAACAAAAAAAUAUUGUGAUAUAACCGGCCUUCCAACAUCAUACAAAUCGCCUACAAACUCGAUACGAUACUAUAAUUCAGAGAUAUAUCAAGUUAUUGUGAAACCAAUGACAACAGGUGUGGAUCAACAGUACUUGAAGUUGAGAGGUGAUGAUUUUGUAUUGAAAUAG